UGUAUCUUACUAUGGGUUUGACUCAACCUGCCUGACAAUUUUGGCGGUGAUCCUGUCUAUGAUUCAGGAACUCCUGUGGUAUUCUAGACACACCCACUCUUCCUACUGGGGCUCACUCAGGGCAAGGGCGAUGACCCGCAAAGCCUCUUUGGACUACCAAUUGCCCGGACCCCCCUACGAGGGACCAAUGGAAGAUCGUUCUGAUGGGACCCAAUGUCAACGGUUGUAUGGGGCUUGGAUGCCUGCGCAUUACUGCCUAGGUGACUGACAGAGUUGACCUUGAGGAUGCCUCAAUAUUAUUUAAACCACCUCAAUUCCUUCUCAUGUCUCUUGUUCUUCAUCUCAAUCACAAUCACACAACAAGAAAGCUUCAUUGACUACUUAUAUCUGCUAUUCCCGAGCAAUUCCAACGCCUUUUCCACCAUUUCAGCCUUCUACCCAAGUCCGCAAAGUCAACAGACGAUCCCCGUCAUGUCUUACGCCUGGUAUUGCUGCGAAUGCCAGUUCGGCCCUCACAGCAUUGAGUUUCACAACACUUGCAUCGAAUGCGGUACUAUGCGCUGCGACGACUGCUACCUUGAGGUCAACACCUCAGACUACAACACAACGCACAGCUGCUCUCACGAAUUGCCCGCCUACCCGUCUACUCCUGUUCAGAGCUGCACCGGAACAUCAUUAAGUCAACUACGCACAAUGGCGCCCAUCACAAACAACACGACCUUUACCCCGGGCCUCUCGCUCGCCCAAGGUCUCAGCUCAGGAGGCCACUCCGGAAUCAAAAACUAUGGCGCAACCUACAUGUAUUUCUGCUGCCAAUGCAAUGACGGACCCAAGGUGUACAACGUCCAGCCACGCUGUGUGAUGUGCAACCAUGUUGCUUGCGGCCAUUGCAUACCAGCAGGCAAGUAAUUUGAAACGGCAGGCCUCGUGUUCAGUGAAGAACAGGAUUUCUGCUGCGCCUGAUGGCUUAAACGAUAUGUUUUGACUACUUUUGUGUUAUUACCGGACUGGUUCCUUCUCACGAUACGACGAAUACGGCACGAGCAUAGACGCACUUGCGUCUGGGAGUUU